UGAAACUGACUGACCUGCUACAUUUCAGUAUUGUGGAAGAUUUCAUAAGAGAAAAAAACCCACAUCGGUGCACAGUGAGAUGCUGUGUAGGAACAAAGCGCACUGAAUACAUCAGUUAAUACUCGGACUUCUCCACAGAGUAGAGCCAGCGUAUGCCACCGCUACCCGUGUUUCUCCGGAUGGAUACAGGACCCGCCUCCCCUCCUUCCUUCAGGGUGGCGGGCCCCUCCUCGCUGUGGCGGCUGGCUGAUAGGAGGAGUAGGAAGGCCGGCUCUGCAAACAUUUUCAGCGACGUGAAUCUGUGGCAGCUACAGAGACUGUUCAAGGCAGGGGGAGAUCAAGAUGCGGAGCAGAGGGCCCAGGUGGUUUGGGGCCACAGAGAUGAGGCUGAUCUGGCUCAGGCAUUGAUAGGACUGAAGGCCAGAAGUCACAGGAGAGGACUAAGGGCCAACGGGAGAGAGGUGCUGGGCUCACACUGGCUACGAGCCUUCAAUCACCUCAGGAUCGGAGAGAGCUCGCAGAGCAGCCAGGGGAAGGAUCCCGGGGAGGGGAGUGAUUCUGAAGCAGAAGGAGCACACAGCAGUCCAGAGCCACACCAACACACCUCCAUAGCGACAACAGGCGCCACAGUGGCACUAACUGAGAGCCAGGGCCCUGAGGGGACCUCGGAGAGACCAGCUAGAACCAGCUCAGGACUGAGGAGAGGAGGAGAGAACAACUCAGAGAGAUACCUCCACAGAAUACUCCACUGACCUCUGAGAUGCAAAACUAACUUAAAGGCAGUUCGUGUGAGAGUGGACCAGUUCUUCAGUCUGCACAGCCUGCUCACCUGUCCUGAAUACUGUUCUGACGUGUUCACAUACUGGAGCUAGGUACAAUUCACUUCUGGGGAAAAGCAACAGUUACAAUUGUAAUAUUACAGGUUCAAUAGUUUCUUAUGAUGCUGUAAUGUCUGUCCGUUUAAUGCCACUGAUCUGAUGGCUGUAUAUACGGACACUGCACUGUUACUCGUCGCAGACACAUCUCUACCUGAAUAAUGGAGGCAGCACAAAACUGUCAAUGACUCCUGUUAUCUCACAACUUUAUGUAGUCGUUACCUCUCAUCAACUGCCUUAUGUGUUUUCUUAAAUUCCGCCCACCACUCACACUUAUCAUGCAUACUGAUAAUGAUGGACGGUGAUAUGACUUUCAAAGGUGUAGUGUGUAGAAUUUGGUGGUAUCUAGCGGAGAGGUGUCAGAUUGCAACCAACUGAAACUUCUACGGUGUGCUAAGAGAAUAGGAGAACCACGGUGGUCGAUGUGAAAAUGUGAAUGGCCCUAUAUAGAGCCAGUGGUUGGUUUGUCUCUUCUGUGCUCCUCCCGUACAAACAUGGCGUACUCUGUGAAGACGACCCACACCUUAUUGAGAUAAAAAACGGCUCAUUUUAAGGUAACAAAAACAGAGAGAUUCUUAUUUUUUCAGGUUAUUAUACACUAAAGAAAACAUACUUAUUAUUAUUAUUAUUAUUAUUAUUAUUAUUAUUAUUAUUAUUAUUAUUAUUAUUAUUAUAUUCCAUUUGUGCUUCCACUAAAUGUUACACACCGAUGCUUUAAGUAGUACUGUUGUUCAGUGGUGUAUAUAAAGGUGAAUAAGUUUAAUGAGGCAAAAAGUCACUUUUAAAAAUGUCCCCAUCUUCAUUUGACCUAAUGCUGAAAGAACUAAUAUUCCAAUAUGUAUGCCUGCACUGUGGAUGAACUUAUAAACCGUUCUACCUGCUACUGUAAGUCCCUGGUUAUGUCAGUGCGUACGUUACGCAACAGUAAAAAACGUUAGGAUUACAAUGGGAGCAAUGUGAGGUGACAUACAAUGUAGAAAUACAUGUCCAUCUACUGCACAUUCAGAGAUGUUGACUCAAACUUAUGAUUCCACAUGUAAAGGUAACCUCUGCCAGUCACUGGUUUGUAGUUAUUGAAAGUGUCAAGUGAUCAAAAGAGACCAAAAAUAAUGAAUUGACUCUUGCUGUCUUGGUAAACUUGAAGUAAUGACUUCAUGUUGAAAUGUUCAUGGUCACAGUGUGAAUAUAAGAAGACUGUAUGUCAUCAAACUUAUCAGACUGCUGGAAGAUUUUUGUUAAUGCUGUUUGUGUCAUUUUUAAAUAUGUGGUAAUAAA